GCGGUUAAUUCGUCCAUCUUCAUCUUAUAUAUAUAUGUGUAUGUUUCAAGAAACGACUACCGUAACCAACUAGAGGAAUAACCUCUCACCGCUCGGUUAGUUGUUUCUUGUCCUUUUUAUCAGAUAUCUAUAUAUUAUAUAAAAUUAAUUAAGAUAUGGUGGGAAAAAUAGUGGUUUCAUUGGUGUCUUUGUUUCUUGUGGUGGGUGUUGUAUUGGGAGUGGCGAUGGUCCUGCACAAAGGUGCAAAAGAUGAUGCUGAACAAAGCCCCAAAGUCCAAAUGAAGGCAUCCAUUGAGGAGUUCUGUAAACCUGCGGAAUUCCAAAUGGCUUGUUUUAAGAGCCUUGAUUCAGUGGCUAAGAACAAUAGUGCCACCAUUAAAGACUACCUGUUGGCUUCAUUGCAAGUCACGGGGAUUGAAAUCAAGAAAUCUUUAGGGCUGGUGGAGAAGAGUAAUCCCAUCGACAAUAAGACGGAUCCCUACAAUCACAUGGCAGUAGAGGAUUGCAAAGAGUUGUUGCAAUAUGCGGUCGAGGAACUCCAGGAUUCCUACUCUAUGGUUGGAGAUACCGAAUUGCGUUCCCUUGGGGAUCGUGGGAGUGAACUGUUGAACUGGUUGGGUGCGGUCUACUCCUAUCAAAGCAUGUGCCUGGAUGGUAUAAUCGGUAAGCCUGAUUACAAAGAAACCUUAGAAAAUGGCAUGCAAAAUGCAACCCAACUGACCCACAACGCAAUCAACAUUAUAGCAAAGAUUUCAACCGUCCAUCUCCCAGCCUUCAACGACUCAACCAGUACUACAACUGCAUCAAUAUCUAAUGCUACUAAAAAUCACCGUCGUCGCCUCCUUGGUUACCCUACGUGGUUCCGAGUUGCUGACCGUAAACUUUUAGCAGGAGGACGACAUAACAGAGUUCCUCAUGCAGUGGUCGCCAAGGAUGGCAGCGGCCGGUACAGCACCGUUGCCGCUGCGCUCGCUGCCUAUCCUAAUAAUCAUAGAGGUAAAUACAUAGUCUAUGUCAAAGCUGGAGUCUAUGACGAGCAUAUCAUCAUCUCUAAGAAGCAACCAAACGUCUUCAUCUAUGGCGAUGGAGCAGGGAAAACAAUCAUCACCGGGCAUAGAAACUUCGGUAUCAUGAAAAUACCCACCCAAGACACUGCUACUUUCGCUGUUAUUGGCAAUGGGUUCAUUGCUAUGGGAAUUACGUUCCGCAACACUGCUGGUCCGCAAGGACACCAAGCUGUGGCUCUUAGAAUUAAUGGCGAUAUGGCUGCUGUCUUUGACUGCAGCAUUGAAGGUUAUCAAGACACCUUGUACUAUCAAAACCAUCGCCAAUUUUAUCGCAACUGCGUCAUUUCUGGUACCAUAGAUUUCAUCUUUGGCCGUGGAUCAGCAAUAAUUCAAAAUAGUUUGAUCAUAGCGAGGAAACCUUCGGACAACCAGUUCAACACGAUUACUGCUGAUGGCAAAGAAAUAGCCAGUAAACUUGGUGGGUUGGUGUUCCAGAACUGCAGAAUCGUUCCAGAAAGGGAAUUGUUUGCGGAUAGGUUCAAGCUAGCGACUUACUUGGGCCGUCCCUGGAAGCCCUAUGCAACUACGGUAUUCAUGGAGAGCGAAUUGGGUGAUUUCAUCCGCCCAGAAGGUUGGAUGAUUUGGCAAGGCAAAUCAUUCGAGCAGACAUGUCAUUUCUAUGAGUUUGCCAACCGCGGACCGGGUGCUAUCACCAAUAAAAGGAACAGGAGCUUCAAGAAUUUCCGUCUUAUUAACCCAGUCGAAGCUAUUCAAUACACAGCUGGCCGCUGGAUUAAUGGAUAUCUCUGGUUGAAGCACACUGGUGCACCUUUUUACCUUGGCCUCGGAGGAAGAUAAUAAAUAUGUAUACUUGGAAAUGCUACUCUAAUUUAUAUAUAGGAGCUUACUGUUUAUUCCCCACCAUGCACUCACACAAAUAUAGACGACCGAGAACAUAUACCGAUCAUUCUUACUUUCUUAAAAAGAAAUUUAAUUUGCUAAUGCUGCAUGAUUAGAAUCA